CCUCCAGCACUGGCUGGAGAGCCGCCAGCUGCCGCCCGGCCCCUGGGGGGUGCCAGUGUUCGGGUCGCUGCUGCGCAUCAAGGGCGACCUGCACCUCUUCUACCGCGAUCUGACCCACAAGUACGGCUCGCUGAUCUCCGCCCGGUUGGGCUCGCAGCUGAUCAUCGUUCUGAGCGACUACAAGACGAUCAGGGACGCGUUCCGGAAGGAGGAGUUCACGGGGCGGCCCAGCACCGAGCUGACCAACAUCCUGGACGGCUAUGGAGUGAUCAACACCUCGGGCAAGCUGUGGAAGGAGCAGCGCAGGUUCGUGCACGAUGGGCUGCGCCACUUCGGCAUGUCGUACCUGAGCUCGAGGAAAGCGCGCAUGGAGAAGCGGAUCGUGAGCGAGGUGGACGAUUUCCUGCAGAUCCUGCAGGCGGCCAAUGGAGAGCCGCUGGACCUCAACCCGGUCCUGGCCGUCUCCAUUUCCAAUGUGAUUUGCGAUGUUCUGAUGUCGGUCAAGUUCAGCCACAACGACUCGCGCUUCAUCCGCUUCAUGGAGCUGAUCGAGGAGGGCUUCCAGCUCUUCGGCUCCCUCGAGUACGUGUUCUUCAUCCCCAUCCUGCGCUACCUGCCGGGCCACAGCAAGACGCGCCAGAAGAUCGCCAAGAACCGGGAGGAAAUGGCGCAGUUCUUCCAAGAGGUGAUCGACGAUCACAAGAAAACCUUCGAUCCGAGCCACUUGCGCGACCUGCUCGACACCUACCUGUUCGCCAUCCAGAAGGCCAAGGAAGAGGGCGUGGCCGACCACUUGUUCGAGGGCAAAGACCACGAUCGUCAGAUGCAGCAGAUUAUCGGCGACAUGUUCUCCGCCGGCAUGGAGACGAUCAAGAGCUCGCUGCAUUGGGCGGUGCUCUUCAUGAUGCACAAUCCGGAGCACAUGCGCGCCGCCCAAGAGGAGCUGGACCAAGUGGUGGGGCGGCUGCGGCUACCCAAGCUAGAGGAUCUAGCUUAUCUGCCGGUGACCGAGUCGACGAUUCUGGAGGUUUUGCGGAUAUCCAGCAUCGUGCCCAUGGGGACCACCCACUCGCCCAUCAGAGACAUCAAACUGAACGGGUUCCACCUGCCCAGACACGCCCAGGUCGUGCCCCUGCUGCAUGCCGUCCACAUGGACGCCACCCUGUGGGCGGAGCCCCAACGUUUCGACCCUUCGCGCUUCAUCAACGCCGAGGGCAAAGUCCACAAGCCCGAGUUCUUCCUGCCGUUCGGCGUCGGUCGGCGCAUGUGCCUGGGCGAGGUGAUGGCCCGCAUGGAGAUCUUCCUCUUCUUCUCCUCGCUGCUCCACUCGUUCGACGUGCGCGUGCCCGCCGGCGAGACGCUGCCCAGCUUGAAGGGCAUCGUGGGCGUGACCAUCUCGCCCAAUCCGUACAAAGUGUGCCUGAAGCCCCGCCCCCUGGGGGCGGAGGGAGUGCGCGCGGCCGGCGCCCGCUAGGCGGCGCUGGAGUGGAGCACGGUAGCAAAAUGGUUCCUACUGGCACAGUUACUUAAACCAGGAUCAAAUCCCAGACACUUUUCCUGUCCGAACUUGAUCGGCUGUGCAUUUGAAGUGUUCAUAAUCCCUAGGAGUAUUAGGUUAGGUUUAGGCUCCGCCCACCCGGGCCCACCACGCCCCCCUUGAUAUUUCACAUAGUACAAUUGCUAGUCAGGCAUUUUCUCCUCAUCAUUUUCGUUUUUUUGUUGUUGUUUGUUCGGCUGGCCCCGCCCGACUGUUUAAUGCGAUUUUACCAGUUUGACUGCCCGCGUAGAGGGCGUGUAGGUUUUACCAAUUUUUUGCCUGUUGGGGCGGGGCGCGACCCCCACCCUCACCCACUACAUACACUGUUGGUUACCGCAAGUUCAACCAUAUUUUUUAGGAUUUUUUAGGACACGCGUCUAGUGUCUAGGUUAGGUUGUAACUCGAUAUUUAUUGGCCCAGUUCGGCCCUGUCCGUCCGUGUCGCCCCGUUCAUCCAUUAGUCGUUUAGUGUUUUGUACGUUUUUUUAUCUAUACACAUACAUAUGUUUUUUUUUUUAGUUUUUAGGCCUCUAGGUUAGGUAGAAAUGCGCGCGCGCGCGCGCUCAUGUAGCCCAGAGCGGCGCGCCUAGAGAAGAAGACUUCAUUCGAAUUAAGUUUUGUUGUUUUAGUUUUGAUUGUCAUUUUGAUGAGUUUUAAUAAAU